AUGCCUGCCCAGAAACAACCACAGCCAUAUACGAAAGGUUUCUGGUCACCCGACUUGAAGCCACUGCGAGCCAUAUAUUUCAAAGUACUCGCUUUUUCUGUAUUGCUCACUAUCAUUACGAUAUGGAGCUGUCUGUCCGUCUAUUGGGCAAGUGUAGCACAUGAGACGGGAAGACUCGUGCAAAUCAAUGCGGUAUUUGUGAAUCGUGAUAUCGCGAACGGUGUGAAUGGCACUCUCGGAAACACCGUGCGCGAAACGGUAUUUCAAUCUCUAAAUCAAACGCAUCAUUUGGGAUGGACGGAAGAACCUUCGUCUAAAGUGCCCACCAGAGCCUCCAUAGAACAAGCACUAGUCGAGGAUGAAUGGGCGUGGGUUUUCCUUGUUGUGGGGGAAAACGCGACACAAAACCUGACAAUAGCACGUGAGAAUGGAAUUAGCACUUACAAUCCAAGAGACGCUAUUACAAUAUACUAUAAUCAGGCACGUAACGAGCAGGCUUCAGGAAAGGUUUUACCGAUGGCACAACAGCUAGCUCAGCAAGGCAGCCAACAAGCCAGCGCACAAAUGCUGGGUCAAUAUCUUACACAGCAGGGUAGUAAUGCUACUGCUAUGGCUAAUCUCGCAGCUGCACCUCAAACUGCCUCCAAUGCUUUCGGAAUCAGCACCGUCAAUUUUAGACCGUUCAACCAGCCAGUGGCUAGCGCUGUUACUCUUGUCGGUCUCAUUUACCUCACUAUUUUGGCUUUUAUACAGACAAUGGCGCAUUCCGCAGUGAGGCCACUAUUGGAAAAGCACCUCACGCUAAGCUCUUACAUUGGAAUGAGAAUUCUCGUCCCCCUUUGUCUCUAUGUCGUUAUCUCACUACUCUUUGCGAUGUUAAACUUGCCUUGGGAUUUGCAUUGGGAUGCGCACUUCAGCAAUACUGCAAAAGGUUUCUUCUGCACGUAUGCACUGUUCCUGGUUGGAAUGUCAGCGCUGGGACUUGCCACUGAGGCUAUUAUUACGGUCAUUGGACCUAAAUUUAUGGCGUAUGCCCUCGUUGCGCUCAUCAUUUCAAACGUCUCCGUCGCAGCGAUCCCUGUGGACUUGCAGGUGUGGUUUUUCAAAUACUACCCGGCAAUGGUGUACUAUCACAUCAACAGAGGCAUCCGCUGCAUUAUAUUCAAUACCAAGAACGAGCUCGGUUUGAACUUUGGUGUCUGCUUGGCUUGGGUAGUCUUUAGCGUAUGCACACUUUCAGGCUUCACUGCUCUAUUUAGACAUUUGGAUAUCAAGAAGGCGAAGAAGGAGGCCGAAGAACAACAAGGAGAACACAAGGCAUAA